AUGUCACUUGAACAAUUACCUGACGAGUUAUUAUUGAUUAUAUGCUCGUAUUUAAAUCAAUAUGAGAUAUUAUUAGCUUUCACAGGUCUUAAUAAUCGUUUUGAUCAAACAAUAAGAGAAUUUAUGCAAAAAAUCGAUAUCAAUGACAUACUAUUCAACGAAUUUGUAACUUAUUAUAAAGUAAUCUUUCCGUCAAUUGGUACUCACGUUCUUUCUUUGACAAUAUCCAACGUACGGAUGGUCGAAAUAUUAUUACUGAAUGCUCAGAUAAACUUUGUGAAAUUAUUUUCGAAUCUAAAAUAUUUAUCAUUUAACUAUUGUGACAAUGAUAAAUCUGAUGAGAAUUUUUAUAUGCUAACACACGAAGCUGACCUAUCAAAACUCACUAGAUUAAAACGACUGAAAUAUUUAACUGAACUUUAUAUUUAUUUUGAAUCAAUUAAUGAUAUUCAUAAACCAAUAUUCAUCAACAAUAUAUUUCAUCGUAAAAGUAAACAGUUAGAAAAGAUUGUUCUUCAAUCGUCUGACAGUUUAUUUGAAUUUGAUAUUCAAGUACCAAUUUGUUCUCAUAUUCGAGAUUUAACAAUACCACUGAAAAGUAUUGAUGAUCUAUUAAUGUUAUGUGAUAGUAUACCGUAUGUUGAACGAUUAGAUGUUCGUAUUGAGUGGACAUUGAGAGUGAAUAUUUUUCAUCUUCAAGGAUUAAAUCUUCCCAAUUUAACUGAACUUCAUUUACGAUUUUUAUCAUCAAAAAAAACCAAAUCUCUUGAAUCUGAAAUGUUCCACUUUCAAGAAUUUUAUUGUUUAAUUAAAACUCUAAAAAGUCUUCAAACACUUUUAAUUGAUAUUGAACAACAGUACAACGAACAAUAUAUUGAUGGUACUCAAUGGAAACAAUUACUCACGUAUUUUGCAAAAUUAGACAAAUUCGUGUUGUCAAUUAAAAUUUGUUGGCCAUUUGACUUUAAAUUUAUUGUAGAAUCCUUUCGACUGGGUUUCAUAUCCGAUGAUAAAUGGAAUUUCCUAGAAUUUAACGAUAUAAUUAGAAAACAUGCACAUCUCACUCUACGGUCAAAAUUGAAUCAUUAG